CGAGAAUCUAGGUUAGUGACUUUCUUUCAUUUCGCGUUUCGUGUUCCUUCCGAUACACAAGCCAACAUGAGUCGUGUCAGAACGAAGACGGUCAAAAAGGCCGCGAAGCUCAUUAUCGAGAAAUAUUAUCCACGUCUUACUUUGGACUUUCACACGAAUAAGAGGAUAUGCGAGGAAAUUGCUAUCAUUCCCAGCAAAUCUUUGCGCAAUAAAAUUGCCGGAUUUGUCACUCACCUGAUGAAGAGGCUUAGACACAGUCAGGUACGUGGUAUCUCCAUCAAGCUUCAGGAGGAAGAGAGGGAACGCAGAGACAACUAUGUUCCCGAGGUCUCUGCUUUGGAGCACGACAUUAUUGAAGUCGAUCCCGAGACCAAGGAAAUGUUGAAGAUGUUAGAGUUCAACAACAUCACUGGACUCCAACUAACGCAGCCUGUUCCACAAUUCAGCAGACGGACUUAAAGUUCACUCCCUUUCACCUUACGCUAUAAACAAAAUGGUUGGUCCUGCAUUUUUUAAAUAAAAUUGCAAACCAACACUCA